AAAAGUAAUUUUGUUUAUGACAAUACAAACAAGCCUCAUACGUAGAGAAGGGGUACCGAAUCAUCAAAAAGUUUUAAUACGUAGAGAAUUUGGUACAAUUGUCAACGGUUUCCUGAAGCUAGAUAGAUAAGGUAGAUAGAAUUCGCAGGAAUGGGGGCGUUGGGAAGAUGGGGAACAGUUGCGGCUGUGGUGGCGGUAAUGGGCGGGAUGAGGGCUGUGAGCAAGCAGAUGGGCAUCGGAUUGGGGUGGGACAACGAGACGGCUGUGCGAUGGUUCCAAAACCUUUCGGAUCGGCUGGGAUACUGGGCCAUCCCAGCUUACGUAGGGGUCCACACACUCACCCUGGCCCUGUGUCUUCCUUACGCCGUCUUCUUCGAAGCCGGGGCCUCCCUCCUUUUCGGAUUCGUUCCGGCCGUCCUUUGCGUAUUCUCCGCCAAGGUCCUGGGAGCUUCACUUUCCUUCUGGAUCGGCAGGCUUAUUUGCAGGAGUUCUAGCUCCGCUGUAGAUUGGGCUCGCAGAAACAAGUAUUUUCAUAUGCUCUCUCGUGGAGUUGAACAAGAUGGAUGGAGAUUUGUUCUUCUUGCUCGAUUCUCACCUAUACCCUCCUAUGUCAUCAACUAUGCCUUGGCUGCAACAGAAGUAGGUUUCAUUGUGGAUUUCCUGCUUCCAACAGUAAUUGGCUGCCUACCAAUGAUAUUGCAGAACACUUCAAUUGGCAGUCUUGCAAGUGCUGCUGUAGCUUCUGCAUCCGGGUCCAAGAAAUCUCAGGUUUGGUCAUAUGUCUUUCCCGUGCUUGGGAUCUUAUCCAGCAUUCUCAUUUCUCUGAGGAUCAAAAAGUACUCGGCCGAUGUCUUAGUUACUGAAACUUCUGCUGAUGUGGCCCAUGCGGGUCUUCAUGAUGUCAAUCGUACUGCUGAGUCAACUCAACGGUAUUCUAAGAGAAAUAAUAAUGGUAAAGGUCCGAAGACAAAUUAACGAUGCAUCCAUUUGCAACCUUUUGAUGAUCUCUAACUCGUAUGACCCAGUGAAUGUUUUUCUGGUCGUUUUUAUUACUUUCCUUUCACACGGUGCUUUGUUUUCUUUUUGCUUUAUCUUGAUUUCGUUUGUGUAAAUCAUGAUGCUCUUCGCAUGUUUUGAAAUUCUAAAUGCCUCCAUGAAUGUAGUGGAAACAGCAAAAUCUCGAGUCUGGCUUAUUUAGCCAGCCUUAGGCUUGUGGAAUAAGGUUGUACUUUUUUGUUGGGCAAAUUUUUUUACUAGA